AUGACAUCUACCUAUGGCAUCCCUACACCCCCGGCACUUGAUACCAUCGAUGGGAAGAAUCCUUUUUUCCAUUCAAAGGACAAGAUGCCGUUGAUGUCCGCCAUUCAACCCAUCGGUUUAUCGCCAGAAAUUGUUUCGACCGUAGCAACGACAGCAGAGCUGAUUAGUCCCACUAGUCCAUUAUCCGCUAUAAAAGCAUCCAGUACACGAUUCUUACUUCCUGAUCAAUCAAUACUACCGUUUAUCCUUCCGCAGAUAGCGGCUGCUCACAACAUAAGACUACCAAACUCUCUAAGAACACCAUCGCUGGACGAAUCUUCUUCAUCUACAGGAUCAGAAUCAACGGAUCGCUCAAGUGGUUCGACUACCCAAUCAUCAAAACGGAAAAGAAAAGGAACCCCAGUAAGAUCUCCUGAUCACGGAGAUCACGAGAAAAUGCCUGGAAUGGUAUUCAGUUUCCCAGUUAUAUUUUCCUUGUCGAAAGAUGACCAGAUCAAUGAAUCAGACGAUAAAACAUCUUCCACAUUACCCACACCGGCACCAUCCAGUCUCACAUCUCCAGAAUUCCCAAAAACAGAUUCACACGGUGAUAACACUUCCAAAACACGUGGUCCAUCAGCAGAGAUUAUUUAUCGACCCGUCUUACUCACCGAUAUCGUUCACGACAUUGAAAAGGCACGUAGAUCACGAAUGCGCGCUCGUCCUGUCACUCGAGCAAAAAAUAAAAGAGGUAGCGAUGACUGUGACAGUGGCCAUCGCUUUGGCUACGGCUCAAAUUCCAAGACUUCCUCCUCGACCUCAUCCGGCCAUCAACCUCAAUCUAUCGACGAUGUUCCAUCAUCCCGUCGUAAUGCUCAUUCUCAUCACAAACACCUCUCUGCCGUGUCUCGAUCGUCUCCCUCUCACCACCACCAUCAUCUUUCUGCUUCAUCGCCAUCCAAAUCCAACCGUUCUCAACACGUCAGUCAGUCUGUCCACUUCUUUCCAUCGAAACGACGUAAUUCCUUCUCGACUUCGUCUUUGUCUUCCCUGCUUACAUCGGAUCUCUCCGAUUUGGAAGGCGAUCACACUGAUACAUAUGGCGAUGAUGAAGAUGAUCCUGAUUUCACCCCUACUACAAAGAAACUAAAAGUGGGUGCUGGUUUGGGUAUUUCGAUGCCAAGUAAAGAGGGACAGCCACGUGAGAGGAAAGAAGCAAACAAGGCAAAGAUUUGUGCCAGUUGUCGUACCAAGAGUACGCCAUGUUGGAGACCGGGCUGGAGAAACGAUCUAUUUUUGUGUAAUAGUUGUGGUCUGAGAUAUAAGAAAACAAAAUGCGUGUGUCCCAACGUUGAUUGCCGAUAUAUUCCGUUGAAGUCGGAAUAUAAUGCAAUGUUUAAAAAGCCAAAGAAUGGCGAUUGUCCAGAAAUCAAACGAUGUUGCAAGUGUUAUACCGAACUGUAA